GCUCCAAUUGUGGUCAAAGGACAGAGCAGCAUCCUUGUUUUAGAUCGCAGUGUUUCCUCACUACCACUCACACACUCCAAAUCAAAACUCUUUUUGACACCUAAAUCCUAAAUGUCACCACUUUUGUCUUAGCCUCACCUCACCGUCUCAACUUCUUCUCACUUAUCGUUACUCCUUCCCUUUUAUCUUCAUUCGGCAGGUUGCCUGCCCUUGCUAUCUGGAAAAGACAAAUCAGGAGUUUCCAGGUAGUUUAAGCAUGAUAAAACGGUUUCCAAGUAGAAACAAUAGGUCCAAAGGCAUCAAGGUAAAACAUGUUCUCCAAAUUAUUCUGUUGGUUGGUGUUUGCUUCUGGUUGAUCUUCCAGGUUAAGCACAAUCAUGAUAAGAAGAAGGAAUUUGACAAGAAUGAUGCAAAACUGUCAGUCAGAAGACAGACAGAUGAGAUUCUGAAACUUGGUAGAAGAGACCUUCAUCCGGAUAAGGUUGAGGUAAAUCAGAAUGAAAAGCGUGAGGAAGAAGAGGAGGAUGAACAUAUUGAAGAGGAUGAGGAAAAUAAGCAUGACCACAAUGAAAGAGAAGAAGGAAACAUGCAUGAUACUGAAGAGCAUGAAGAUAACAAGCAUGAAGGGAGAGAACAAGAGGAAGAAGUUAAACAUGGAGCAGAAGAACAGGAGGAAGAUGAAAACAAAAGUGAAGAUGCGGAAGAUGAAGGAAGAAGAAUAGGAGACGGUGAGAUAGAUGAAAAUGAUCAAGAGAAAUCUGAGGUGGAUACUGAUCGUGAUGAUGAGUUCUUGGAUGAAGAGAAAGAAAAAGAAGAAGAGGGUGAUGAGAAGGAUAACGAAAACGAGGAUGAGGAGAAAGGGGGCUUUGUUGAAAACGACAACAAUCAUGAGGCUCGGGAGGAGCAUUACAAGGGGGAUGAUGCUUCUAGUGCUGUGGCUCACGACACUCAUGCAACUGGCACUGAAACCGAGACAUUUAGUUUGGAAAACUCUGAUGAAAACUUAGAAACAAAUAUUACAAAACCAGAAAACGAAAAAACUGAUUCAGACAAAGGUAGCAAGAAUCAAAAUGAUUCUGAUUUGAAGGUUACAGAAGGUGAAGUGAUAGACAUGAUUUCUUCAAAUGCAACUGCUGGUAAAGAGACUGGAAAUAAAAGUUUGUCCAACCCUGUGGAUAGCUCAUAUCAAAAUAAAACAGCAAACUAUGACAGCAACUUGGAAUCAAGCAGUAACCUGACAGUAACAAUCGCUGAAACAAGCAAUAACCUGACUGAAGCUGGUGCUAACACCUCAGGUUCAUCUGAACAGAAUAAAUCAGUGAUAUUAUCUGAAGCUGACCACACUCAAAAUACCACGAUGAACACAACAAUCACUGGAGAUGUCAAAAAAGUUCAAACAGAGGGACUAGAGCAGAGUGGCAAUAGAAUUUCUGAGGAAAGCCUGCCUGAUACUGAUUCAACAGUCUCUGUUAAAACUGAGAAUGGAGAUGCAGCUGCACAAGAAUCUUAUAAUCUGGGGGCUGGUGAAUUAGAGAAGACAAACAGAUCUGUAGCUUCAAAUGAAACUCAGAACACUUCCAGAAAUGAGAGCUCGGAUACUUCUGAAAGUGACGAGUCUAAAGGUGACUCUGAAAUGAAUGAAACAAAUGAAACUCAGAAUGUUGAUGCCACAGAAGAUGAGAUGUUCAAAGGUGACACUAAAACAGGUGAAAGUGAUGAAACAUCAGACUCUUUCUUUGCCAAUGAAACUUUGGAUUCAGUUGAACAUGAUGCCAUUGAUUCUUCUGAUACUCAUAUCCACGAGGAUGUGGCUGAGGCUCAAACUGAUCUUGAUACAUUGCCAGAUAUCAGGAAUGAAGGAGAUAAUAGUGAUGAAACUGCAGCAGAGUAAAUUGGAUAGAAAGCCGUUGAGUUCUUGAAAAGGGCUUUUCAGUUUUUCUUCCGAUCCUGUUUACAUGGAAGUUCGAGCUAGCUGUUAGAACCUGUUUGCUUGACUCAAAAAUGUGUCAAGACUAGAUCUUUAAAGGUAUGGUGAACGUAGUUUAGUGGAUAUUUUUAUGAUUGUUUCAAGGUCUGGCUAUGUAUAAUUUAUUUCUACAUUCAUCUAUCUACCACAAUUGUUUCCCUUAUUUGCAUGUGAACUUCUGGUUUUUCUUUUUCUUUCCUUACUAGAGAGGAGUGCAAAUGCCAAAUAAGGUAAAAUAUUAAUUGACUGAAAAUUAUAAAAUGUUCUGUAGUGGAUAACAAUGAGAAGUAACAAGUAUGAUGUAUAGAGGAAAAUGUAAAUUUGAUGUAUUGCUGUUGUUGUCAUUGAAUUUGUUGGAAUGUUAAGAAUUGGGCUUUGU